AUGCCGAAGUCUAAGCGUAACCAAGUCGUUAAUCUCACUAAGGUGUCGAAACGGCAGACCAGGGAAAAGAAGGAUAGAGCCAUUGAGGAGAUACGUAAAUGCCUCGAGAAAUUUAGAUACGCCUACGUCCUGAAGUUGGAAAACCAACGUAACAAAUUGUUAAAGGGCCUCAGGAAUGAUCUAAAGCCAGGUCGAUUAUUCUGUGGGAGAAAUAAAGUCAUGCAAGUAGCAUUGGGCGUAGACCCCGAGUCGGAGUGUCAAGAAGGUAUCCAUGCUUUAUCCGAGCGCAUCAGUGGUGAAGUCGGCUUGUUGCUCACUGAUAUGACGGCCGACCAGUUGAUGGACAUCUUGGCAAACCAUGAGCAAUCUAACUUUGCAAGAAGCGGAUGUAUUUCUACAGGGGAUAUCACUCUGGAAGCUGGUGAUGAUGCAUUGUCGAGAUUUCCUCACAGUCAAGAGCCUUUUCUACGGAAACUUGGCUUGCCGACUCUCCUCGUCAACGGCAAGAUCCGGUUGAUGGGUGAUUACGAAGUGUGUAAAACUGGCAAAGCAUUGACCCCAGAGCAGUGUCAACUCGUGAAGCUCCUCGGUAUUCCUAUGGCGGUUUUCCGUGUAUCAAUUGCCGCACAGUGGUCUAAGGAGAACAGCAAAUGUACUACAACUUAG